AUCACGGCACGCACAACACAUAGACAUAGAAACACAGUCGGCCAUGACUGUAUGACAGGUGUAAUAAGCUCUUGAAUGCUUAUGUACUUUAUUUGUAGUGUUUAUUCUUAAACUCUCGCCAGCAUUAUCUAUUUGAACUAUCAAAGUGCCGUUUGACGUCCAAGCCACAUUGUAAUAUCUAAAAAGAGCAGUCCCAAACAAACCGGUAGUUGGAUGAAACUUGGUCGAUAUUACUUCAAGAAGAUAUUAGAGGUUUUGUUAAAGAGUGACUUAGUUUACAGGAGGAACAAAAGUCUUUCCGUUUGAAUUACACUUCGAGUUUCUACCAUUGUCUCACUUCUUUUGCCACAGGUCGAUAAAAGAGAGGCGGCAUCUUCGUCACAUCUCGCACUCAAGUACUCCGGUGGGGAAAUCACCAGGAUUCGUGGACUCAAAUGGCGUCCCGAUUAGCCAAUCAGUUCUAUACGGUCGAGGUUGGUGAUACCAAGUUCACAAUCCUACGGAGAUAUCAGAGUCUAAAAGCCAUCGGAUCUGGAGCCCAGGGAAUCGUUUGUGCCGCUUGGGACACAGUUACAGGACAGAACAUUGCCAUCAAGAAACUGAGUAGACCAUUUCAAAAUGUCACUCAUGCUAAACGAGCCUAUCGCGAAUUCAAACUCAUGAAAAUGGUUAAUCACAAAAAUGUAUGCUGUAUUUUAUUCUCAGUGUGGUCGAUUAUUUUGUAUCGUAUAUUCGUUUCUUUUUUUUACCUGCAUCAACAGAUCAUAGGUUUGCUCAAUGCCUUUACACCGCAAAAGUCUAUUAGUGAAUUUUCCGAUGUUUAUCUGGUUAUGGAGUUGAUGGAUGCCAAUCUUUGCCAGGUUAUACAAAUGGAUUUGGAUCAUGAGAGAAUGUCAUACCUGCUUUAUCAGAUGCUUUGUGGCAUUAAACAUCUCCAUCUAGCUGGAAUAAUUCACCGAGAUUUAAAACCCAGCAAUAUUGUAGUAAAGUCGGACUGCACGUUAAAAAUUCUAGACUUUGGACUAGCCAGAACAGCAGGAACCAAUUUUAUGAUGACCCCCUAUGUCGUCACACGAUAUUAUCGCGCACCAGAAGUGAUUCUCGGUAUGGGUUACAAAGAAAAUGUUGAUUUGUGGUCUGUUGGCUGCAUCAUGGGUGAAAUGAUCCGUGGCUAUGUUCUUUUUCCUGGCACUGAUCAUAUUGACCAAUGGAACAAGAUCAUCGAACAACUGGGAACUCCUAGUGUUGAAUUCAUGAAACGCUUACAGCCUACUGUCCGCAGCUACGUCGAAAACAGGCCAAAAUAUCCAGGCUACGCCUUCGAAAAGCUUUUCCCUGACGGACUUUUCCCUGCAGAAUCAUCGGAACAUAGUAGAUUAAAAGCUAGCCAAGCUCGUGAUCUCCUGUGUAAGAUGCUGGUGGUCGACCCCGAGAAACGCAUUUCGGUCGAUGAGGCCUUAUUGCAUCCAUACAUUAGCGUCUGGUACGAGGAUGGCGAAGUCAACGCACCUGCUCCUGGUCCCUACGAUCACUCGGUGGAUGAUCGUGAGCACACUGUUGAUCAGUGGAAAGAGCUGAUCUACAAGGAAGUCAUGGAGUACGAAGCCGCCCAUUCCACCCCAACUUAUGCACCUAAUAUUCGUCAGGUUACUCAUACGGAUGAAACUGAUGGCAGUUCAGAGCGGGAUCGCAAUUCUGGAACAGCAGCCAAACGGUAGAAGCAACGUCUGUUGCGUUCAUAAUCCUAUUUCUCCAUUUCUAUUCAACUUCUACACACAUAAUCCUCCUCUGCCACUCGCGUACUCCAUGAUUUCAUCCCAGUUGCCCUGCCAUCCUAAAAAAACAAAAAAACACCGUCACUGCAAAAAGUGAUGAUGUGUUUACAGAAGUAAAACAGUAAUGUGGGUCGUAUUUUCUUAAUGGGGCGUUAGAGAGUGGCAUAACAAGCCAAUGGGAAAGCCAGUAAUCCACAUAACACACGAAAUUAGUUGAAGCAGGGAAAAACGAAUUGAACUUUUCAUGAGCAAAAAGAGCAAAAAGAGGAAUCCAAUUUGUAACACUUAGGAUCGGAGUUGUAUUUACAUUCUUCGUAUCAUUGGAGAUCCUGUAGCUGCGCAUAAUCUAUGCAAGAAGAUCUUUGUUGUCAGACCGAUUGCUUCCGGUGUGGGUUUUUUCUCUGUCCUUUCUGGUGGUGUGCAAUAAAAGUCAAAAGAUGUGGGUAGAAAGAACCGCUGCACCAGGCCCAUAGUCAAGUACAUUUGUAAACCUCGUUCACCCAAAACGUGAGUGAGCUUCUUAUUCCCAUUUCUUCUUUUUUUCUGUCUUAUUUUCUUUAAACUGCGUUAUUUUUCUCAACACUGCUCUUUAUCUUCUUUUUAUCUUUCUAUAUCACGUGCAAUAGUGUUGUUUGAUGACCCCACUCUUGCUUUCCUCUAAUUAUACAAUUGUGAAUCGUGUCGUAGUCAGCGAGUGAGGAUCCUUGGCGACCACUUUCUGCACUUUUGUUCCAUUCCCCCACUCAUCGUCCCUUCUCCUCCCCAACCUCCAUAUACAUUUUUAAAUUAAAAGGAAAAUCGCAUUUUCCUCUCGAUUUGUUUCGGUUUGGCCGUCUUUAAAUCUACUCCGCGUUUCAUGAAAAGCUCGAUGAAAACAAAACGGUGAACAUUCCACAUCCCGAUGGUAAUCAUCUUUUUGAGAGUGAAUAAAUAAGUAAAACCGCGACCUCAACUUAAAAAAAAAAAAAAAAAAAAAUAUAUGAAAUAGUAAAAAGGGGACAUAGCGCGAGCAGCCGUAUUAUGUAUUAAUUUAUUUUUUAUUAUUAUUUACCUUUUUUGUUUGUGGUAUGUCAUCGAGGUCUCAUAAGACGCCCAGCUAUCCGUCGGUUACACUUGUUUAAGUAUUGUUCAUUUUGCUUGUUUUUGAGUAAAGAUGUGAGAAACGCUUCCCCAUAUAUUUAAGAUUUCGAUGGAAAUACCAGUCUAAUAAAUGAUGCGAUGAAACAAG